AUGGCGGAGCAAGAGAGCUUGGAGUAUGGCAAAGGUGAUUUUCUCCUUCUGGACGAAAUCACCAAAGACGAAUUUAUGAAAAACCUUAAGCUUCGCUUUAAGAAGGAGCGAAUUUACACCUACAUCGGCGAAGUGCUUGUGUCCGUGAAUCCAUACAAGACUUUGAACAUUUUUGGAAACGAGAAGAUUCAAGAAUACAAGAUGAGAGAAAUGUAUGAAAGGCCGCCGCAUAUUUUCGCGUUGGCUGAUGCUGCCUACCGAACGAUGAAAAGACGAUCAGAAGACACCUGUAUCGUUAUUUCAGGUAAGACUGUUUUUAUUUAGGUUCGCUCAUCUAAUUUAUUCAUCAGAGGUUUAGUAACAAUUAAUUUCAUCCAAGAGCUUUUAGAGUGGGCUUGAUCUUUACUCGAAAUAGAAUUCUGUGGUAUGAAUCUUUUGGUCAAACAAUACAUGUGGUGUUUGUAUAGACAAUCAGUAUAUCUGCAAUCGGAAGUUCAGCCUUUUUCGGCGCAUAGUUUGCGUGGUAACUGCAAAUAUCGGUUUAAAUUGUUUUUGUUUAUAUUGGAAUGACGUCUGAACUCCUUGUACGUAAUGAAAUUCUUAAAGUAAAUUGAAGUAUCUAGGAAAAGUUUUUCAAAAACUUUUUUUUGAAAACUCUAUUAAAAUUGACCCUUAACAGUUUCGACAUUAGUGUUCGAAAAAGAAAACCAUCCCUUUUCAGUUUUGAAGAAAAGUCCAGAAUAUUUUUUCGGUUUCAAAACUGUCAACAAACCGUAAAAUUAUUUGCAUGAAUUAUUUUCCAAUUUUUAUCUCUUCAAUGUUUAAUAUUCAAUUUCUUCACGGUCAAAAAAUAAUUAAAGCCAUAGCUGUCAGUCUUUUGUGGUGUAUUAUUUGCAUAGUUUCAAGUUUGUACAACCAUAACAAAUAUCAUAUUGGAAACUUUUUAAAAAAAAUUAUGACUUCUCCAAUACUCGUAAAUCAGGUUGAAAAUGGUUGAGUAAACUAUUUUUUUAAAAUUUUUUUGCUUUUUUUUCCAAAAUAACUGAGUUUAUAUGAUUGGUAAAAAAUAUGUUGCUUCUUAUAGUGGUAAAAUGAUGAAAACAAACACUGUUUUUGCUUUUCUAGUUUUUUUUUGUAAUAGAAGGUUACUGGGUCAAAAAAAAACUCUUUUAAAGAAUGUCAGAAGACCACUGUGUAGAUCACAUGCAUUUAUGUUGUGAUUCACAAUUAUGUAAGCUUUAAUUUUUUUAUGUUCUUCCUGCACCACAAAGGUCAGCUUUAGUACAGUCAGAUUGUUAUCUCAGUUUUACUUUCUUUGAAACAUCUUCAGCCGAUAAAGAUCUUGAUAAUGAGUGGCCCUUCACACUAUGUGGUUUGCGGGCUCCAAAUUUAUAUUAAUAGCAGUGACAUCAUGUAGUGGCAUUAAUAUCAUUAAUGGUUUUCCUUUUAGACAUGAGUGAAGUUAAUAUUUACCAAAGUCCUGUCAACUAUAGAUUUCAUUUCUGUAAUUCUGGUACUUCUCUCAUUUUACAUUAGCUGUAUAUUUUUAACAUUUAAAGGACAUUAUAUGGAUUACUCUUUCAUUAUAGUACUCAGUUCUCUUAGAACUUAAAAAUGUAGCUCUUUAUGUUGUUUUUGUGCAGUGCAAGAAAAUGUUUAAUUUAUUAUACAUUGUCAUGCUGCCAUAAGUACAUGCUAAUAAAAACAAUAAUUCAUUGUUAUUAUUAUGUUGCUUUGCAACCUCUACAAAGUAUUUUACUAUCUGGAACAGUUACCUACCAAUAAGUAUUAUAAUAAUCUGUUGAAUUCAACUAGAAUAAAACUAAUUUAGUUUCAUGUGGUAUACCAUCUAAAUCGACCCGAAGUCAGUCUAAUAUCAAUGGCAAAUUAAAUACUGGACAACUAUAUCAGAAAAACAUUUGAACUGUGAUCUUGAAGAUCAGAUGAGAUAGCACUAUACAUUAAGAAAUACUGCCUUAUUUGAAAAUUUUAUAUCAUCUGAUAGAAUAAUGUUUCAGUUAAAAUUUAAUUUCAGGUUAAUUUUGGUUUAACCUAGGUUGAUUCUCAACCUCCUUUACCUCCGAGCUUGGAGUGUGAGCUAUAGCCCCAGCAAAAUAAAACUUAGAAUAAAACAUUUUAACCUGAAGUCAAAUUUGACGUCUAAUAUAUAUAAUGCAAAAUAUAACUAUAGCGGCAAGAUAAAAAAUAAUGCCUUCAGGCUGAAAUAAACAGCUGGUCACAGUUAAUAAUUUUAAUUAUUAAAAAGAGUUUUUCACUCAGCACAGGUUUGACUCUUUGGUUGAGAUCUAGAUUGCUGGUUUUCAGUGUCACGCCAUUCAAAAUAGAUCAAAAUAAAAAUCAAAACCGCUCAAUAGAUAAAGUCCAGAAUCUGGGAAAUGAAGGGAGGUACAAAUAUAUACAAAGACCCUGGCCAAGAUUCAGGUCAGAGGAAUAUUUUGUAUACGAGAUAUCCGAAGAAAUGUUUUACCCAAACUUAUAGAGAUUUGUAUGGAGAUGCCAUGCUGGAGCUCACCUGGAUGAGCUCCGGCAUACCGAGUUUUGCUACAAAAGCAUGAAUUCAUUCUUCAAGAAACUCAGAAACAUUAAAGUAAUACUUUUUCUAAUCACACGAACUGUUUAGAUAGCAAAAUUUCCUGAAAUGAGUCAUUUUUUUAACCUACAUGAUAGCUCUCUUGGCCCUCAUGUAAAUGCCGCGUCACAUAAAAGCUUAGAAAUUCAAGUGUACUCUAUCACAAAACCAAGAACCCUUUUGAAGCGAAAAUUUGUAUGAAAAUUAGUUUUCAGCUGCUCUAAUACAUCGUGAAAGUAAAAUCUUGGUAGGAUCGAUAGUUUUUUAGUUUGAAUUUUAGUGAGGUCAUGUGAAAACCAACAAUACUCACAUUGACCAAAGAAAGGGAAAAGAAAAGAAAAAUUCCAAAUAAUUUACAUGUACCUUUUUGUGCAUUACCAGAGGGUCUUAAUAAUGGUAAUAGGACUGAGUGGAGUCGAAUUCUGUCUGUAAUCAUACAAAUUAAUGAUUAAGAAAAUUUGGUGACUUCAUAGUGGGAGUCCAAUUGUUUAAUCAUAAGACAUGAUUACAGACCGAAUUGGAUGACAUGAAGUUCUGUUACCAAACCAUAACAAAACUUGUGAUAUUUUAGGUUGUUUUAAAUUAAAACACAAGAAAUUCGGAGAGUUUUUUUGCUGGCAGUGAAAAAAAGCCAUUUAAAGUGUCACAUUCGAUGGCAAGUACUGUCCAAUUACUUUAUAAUAGGCAUAACGUGUACUGUCUUAUUACACUGUCCUAUUUGUGCCGAAAUCAGGACAGUUGAUAGCGAAUCAGAUUUGAGAAUUUUGUUAUAGUUAUGAUUAUUAAAAUGUCGUUAUUCUUAAUACAAUUUGUUAGAGUACUGCAUCAGUAUCACAGAGGUCAGGGUUUGAAUCCCUACAAGCCUGAAUUUUUUAGGCUUUCUUUUUGUAACUGCAUAAGUUACACCUUUAGCUGCAAUGAUCCUACACUGCACUUUUGAAAUGUGUUUGUCCAUAAUUUUACAAUAAUUCGGGAUAAGUAUAUUGUAACAUUUAUUAUUAUCUUUCAUAAAAUUUUCAAAAAGAAAAAAAGAAAACAGAAGUAGAGUGCAGCCCUGACAGCUGGGCUAUCGCUAAGGGCUGGGGGCAGGGGAUUUCCCACAGCUACUACGAGCAUAAAUCCUGGCAGGCCCAAAAUACCAGAAAAUACAGGUCACUAGGCACAAGUUCAGGUCACUGCUCCAUUGAUCAUAUAUAGGUUUAGCCAGGGCUAAAAAUGAAGCUCUCUUUAAUAUUUAUAGUUUACUGAAACAAAAUAAAAAAUCAUGUAAUGCUAACUAAGAGGUGACAGCAACGAAAACAGCAAAAAAAAAACAAUAGGUCUAAUUAGCAAAAAAACACAACUUUGCACAUGCAGCACACUUUCUUUGUACAUUCCUUUGCCGUUGUUUUGUACAACGACAACGUGAAACUUCCAGAAACGUCCUAGUUACAUGUUUUACGGGGGAAGUGUUGUAUGUGGUCCUGUUCACUUUUUUUUUGCUGCCACUCAUUUUAGCCUUGGUGGCUGCUAGCAUUUCUCAUUUUGGCACAGCUGCUAUAAAAUUUUCAUGUUAUUCUUAAAAUGAAGUUGGUCUCCUUUGCAUUUUUAUAUCUGGCUCUAGCUCUUUCUCUGUUAUCCACGCCAAUGUAGACUUCAAAAUUAAGUCAAAAGAAAGAAUCGGCUUUGUUGUUUUUUUUAUCUCUAAAAGUCCGGGUGGCUAUGCGAUUUACUGCUGAAACGCGCAGGUACUUGAAAUGCAAAAUUUCACCCUGGCUUACAUGAAGGGGUGGACGUAUGUACGGACAUACUCUGUACAGACGAUUUUCUCAGAACCAAACUUUCUUGGAUGCAUAUGACCAAAUUUUCUUACCCAUCAGGUGCUCUGCUGCACGCACUUCGUGCAUGAGAGCUCCGCUAUUAAUAACUGAGAUAGGUUGUUUCCCCUGCAGCUAAAAUUCUCUCUUGAAUUGUCAUGAGGGCUAGGAGACACUUUUUAGUGUUCUUUAUUUACUGUAGCAUGGUGAUCUGUACUAGCUCUAACCUGGAUGGAUGGAUGGAUAAAUCGUUUAUUAAAAAAAGAAACACCUCGCAGUCCGAAGACUGAAUUACGUGUAUAAUAUACAAGUUAUAGUUAAAAUGGAUUUAAAAAACUAUAAUAAUAAAAAUGUACAAAUCUAACAAAAACAUUUCACUUAGGAUAACCUAGUGUUAGGAAAAUAUACAUAUUUAAACAAAUUUAUUUACAUUCUUAGGCUAUGGCUAACAAUAAAAGAUUUUUUAAGACGAUCAGUCUUGCACACUGGCACGUUAAACUUUCUAUUGCUGCACAGCUGCCUAUGGUGCUCAGCUUUAGGUGGGAGCAGACCUGCGAGCUUGUGAUUAAUGUCAAGAACAAUGUCGUUAAAAAGAUCAGACGAUAGAGACGCUCGCCUGUCAUAAAGAGAGGGGAUGCCUGCCUCUUUGAGCGCGCUGUUGUAGCUUGCAUAAGGAAAGAUCUGCACUUGUGACCUGUGACCUCUGUUUCGUGCCUGCAACUCAACCCCCAGUUACUUUAUAGGAGACAAAAGGAAAAUAAACUCAAAAGAAAUUCCCAGGUUUUCAGUUCCCACCCACUAUCUUUAUUUACCUAGCAACUUGAAAUCUUAGUGACAGCCCUGCUGAGGCUGAUAAAAAAGGACUGACGAGACAGCUAUAGUCUAUGAUACAUAUAGACAGAAUUAUUCUUUCAUAAUUGGUUUUGUCAUAAUUGAGUGUUUUACUGUAUUUCCUCCUUUUAUUCAGGUGAAAGUGGUGCAGGGAAAACAGAAGCAUCAAAAAUAAUCAUGAAGUACAUCGCUGCUGUUACUAAUGUCUCAAAACAGUCUGAAGUUGAAAGGCUAGUCUCUAUAUAA